GCCAUGCCCAGGACAGCCCCGCAGAAUCCAGCUAUGGACACGGCUAUCAGUACUACCCCAACAUCCCUCCUGUCCCCCAGGGGCCUGGUGGCAACCCACUCCACGGGGUGACCGUCUUCCCGCCUCUGAGGACCAUCCCGGUGGUACGAGCCCAGAACCCCGCGCACAACGGGCGGGUGUGCAGCACCUGGGGGGACUUCCACUACAAGACCUUCGACGGCGACGUGUUCCGCUUCCCCGGCCUCUGCAACUACGUGUUCUCGGCGCACUGCGGGGCGGCCUAUGAGGACUUCAACGUCCAGCUGCGCCGCGCCCGGGAGUCUGGGGCCGCCGUGGUGACCCGGAUCCUCAUGAAGUUGAACGGCCUGGUCGUGGAGCUGACCAGGGGCUCGGUCCUGGUCAAUGGCCACCCGGUCCAGCUGCCCUUCAGCCAGUCUGGGGUCUUCAUCGAGCAGAGCAGCAGCUACCUGAAGGUGAAGGCCAGGCUGGGAUUGGUGCUCAUGUGGAACCACGACGACAGCCUGCUGCUGGAACUGGACACCAAAUACGCCAACAAGACCUGCGGGCUCUGUGGGGACUUCAACGGCAUGCCCGUGGUGGGCGAGCUCCUCUCCCACAACACCAAGCUGACCCCCUUGGAGUUCGGGAACCUUCAGAAGAUGGAUGGCCCCACGGAGCAGUGCCAGGACCCCGUCCCCAUGCCCCCCGAGAACUGCACAGCCAGUGUUGACAUCUGCGCAGAGCUCUUGGGGGUCCCGCAGCUUGCAGACUGCUUGGCCCUGGUGGACACAGGCCACUACCUGGAGGCCUGCCGGCAGGACCUGUGUCUCUGCCAGCGGGACCCGACCAGCUGUGUCUGCCACACCCUCGCUGAGUACACGCGGCAGUGUGCCCACGCCGGGGGGCUGCCCCAGGACUGGCGGGGCCCUGGCCUCUGCCCCCAGACGUGCCCUCACAACAUGCAGUACCAUGAGUGCCACCCACCCUGCUCUGACACCUGCUCCAAUCCCGAGCACUCCCAGGCCUGCGAGGACCACUGCGUGGCCGGCUGCUUCUGCCCCGAGGGGACGGUGCUUGAUGACAUUGGCGACGGCGGCUGCGUCCCGGUGUCCCAGUGUGCCUGCACGUACAAUGGGGCCACCUACGCGCCGGGGACCAUCUACUCCACGGACUGCACCCACUGCACCUGCUCAGGAGGCCGGUGGAGCUGCCGGGAGGUUCCGUGUCCAGGCACCUGCUCUGUGCUCGGCGGCGCCCACUUCUCCACCUUUGAUGAGAGGCUGUACACAGUCCACGGGGACUGCAGCUAUGUGCUGGCCAAGCCCUGUGACAGCAGCACCUUCACCGUGCUGGCCGAGCUGCGCCGGUGCGGGCUGACGGACAGCGAGACCUGCCUGAAGAGUGUCACACUGGGCCUGGGCGCGGCGCAGACGGUGGUUGUGAUCAAGGCCAGUGGGGAGGUGUUCGUGAACCAGAUCUACACCCAGCUGCCGGUGUCCACAGCCAACGUCACCCUCUUCAGACCCUCCACCUUCUUCAUCAUUGCGCAAACCAGCCUGGGCCUGCAGCUGGACGUGCAGCUGGUGCCCACCAUGCAGGUGUCCGUGCGGCUGGCGCCCGAGCUCCGUGGCCAGAUCUGCGGUCUCUGCGGGAACUUCAACCAGAACCAGGCCGACGACUUCACGGCCCUCAGCGGCGUGGUGGAGGGCACGGCCGCGGCCUUCGCCAACACCUGGAAGGCCCAGGCUGCCUGCCCCAACGCCCGGAACAGCUUUGAGGACCCCUGCGCCCUCAGCGUGGAGAAUGAGAAGUACGCCCAGCACUGGUGCUCGCGGCUGACCCACGCGGAAGGCCCCUUCGCCCCGUGCCACGCUGUCGUGAACCCCGGCGCCUACUACGCGAACUGCAUGUUCGACACGUGCAACUGUGAGAAGAGCGAGGACUGCCUGUGCGCCGCCCUGUCCGCCUACGUGCGCGCCUGCGCCGCCAAGGGUGUGCUGCUCCGCGGCUGGAGAGACGGCGUCUGCACGAAGCCCAUGACCACCUGCCCCAAGUCCAUGACCUACCAGUACCACGUGAGCACCUGCCAGCCCACCUGCCGUGCCCUGGGUGAGCCCGACGUCACCUGUGGCGUGGCCUUUGUGCCCGUGGAUGGCUGCACCUGCCCCACGGGCACCUUCCUGGAUGACGCGGGCAAGUGUGUGCCGGCCACCAGCUGUCCCUGCUACCACCAGGGCUCCGUGGUCCCCAACGGGGAGUCAGUGCACGACAGCGGGGCCGUCUGCACCUGCACACAGGGGAGACUGACCUGCAUCGGCGGCCCCGUCCCCGCCCCAGCAUGCGCCGCGCCCAUGGUGUACUUUGACUGCUACAACGCCACACCCGGGACCCCUGGGGCUGGCUGUCAGAAGAGCUGCCUCACGCUGGACAUGACCUGUUACAGCCCGCAGUGCGUGCCCGGCUGCGUGUGCCCCGACGGGCUGGUGGCGGAUGGUGAGGGCGGCUGCAUCGCCGUGGAAGACUGUCCUUGCGUGCACAACGGGGCCAGCUACCGGGCCGGCCAGACCAUCCGCGUGGGCUGCAACACCUG